AUGUACUUUGAUCCGAUCUCCACACAUUUCGAACUGUGCCCAACGAAAGCCAUGUUUGAAAGCGACAAGUUCUGCUGUGAGUCUUCCCAGAGUGAGCUGAUGUCCGAGGCGAAGUCCCCCGGCUCUGGCCCAACCAGUCCUAUCUCGGUCAACUCUGACUCCAGCUGCGCCAGUCCUGAGCCGAAAUCAUCCUCAGAGACGCGGGUCAGAAGGCCGCUGAACGCCUUCAUCAUCUGGACCAAGGAGGAACGCAGACGCUUGGCCCAACUCAACCCUGACCUGGAGAAUACCGACCUCAGCAAAAUUCUCGGUAAGACCUGGAAGGCCAUGUCUCUGGCAGAGAAGCGGCCCUACAUGCAGGAGGCAGAGCGCCUGAGAGUACAGCACACCGUUGACCAUCCCAACUACAAGUACCGGCCUCGCAGGAAGAAGCAGCUGAAGAAGGGCCCCAAAGGGCCCCUGCCUGUGGAGGCCACUGUCCCUCUCUCCACCCUCUGCAGUAAAGGCUUUAACAUGCCUUAUGACCUCAACUACCUCAUCCAGAACCAGUCCCAUCAGCAGCAAGCCUACCCACAUCCAGCCACCUACCCAUCCUCCCAGGCAUACUUUUCCCAUCUUCACAGGGAGACCUUCCCAGACAGGUUAAUUUACACAAAUCCAGCAGCCACAUUCUCUAACAAGCCUCUAAUGUACUCUAACACUGAGGCAUACCCAGCAGAGCCUCAUCCGUACUACUCUACUCAGCAUGGGCUGCAGCAGUGUGGGCCCCCCAACCCAGCCUGUGCUAUGUCUCAAGUGGAGCAAGGGGACUUCAGGGCCUCGGGCCCCCAGCUGUGUCCCCCUACUGGCCCCUCUCUGGAGUUCUACCUGGAGCAGGUUCAGCUGGACAUGCUCUAUGAUCUGGACCCCAGUGAGUUUGAACAGUACUUUGGCCCGUCCACAUGCCAGCCGGAGCCCCUGUAG